GUUAUCCUACAAUCCGACGUAAGAUGUCUUCAGACUCCUGUGUAAUAGGAUGGGAUCCAGUAAGAGUAACAGCUAUAGAGUGGAGGCCUUGGGUCCGAGUGUUUGGCAAAGGGGAAAACUUUACCAUCGAUGGGGUUUUAAAAGAUCUUCUGGACAGCAUCAGCUCCUCCAUGAAUUUCAGCUAUGUGCUGGUGGAUCCUCGAGGAACAAAAUUCUGUCCGAAAGGUCUCUACUGUAUUAACGAAAUGCUCCAUAUGCUGGCUAACAAGAGUGCUGAAAUCGCUCUGUUUAAUUACCAAGUCCGACUGGACAGAGAUGGAUUCGCCAACUUUCCAGGAACAAUGUACAUUGACCACGGAUCAUUACUCCUAGGAGACACGAGACCAGGCAUGAGUGUACACUUUGAAAAGAUCUUCCACUGGAAG